AUGGAGGUCAAACCGAAGAAUAUCCACAGUAUUAAUGAUCCCGACAUUAGAAGUUCUGUCGAGAGUAACAAGAAUUUAGUCAAAUCGAUGCAAAUGUUGCGAAAACACGAGGAAUUGUUGGCAAAAGUGAAUACACCGGCGAUUGCAGCCGUCGAAGACAUCACUGACACGACUGACAUGUCAUUUGACGAAACCAUUGAAACGGUUGUGAGGAAAGGCCGAAGAGGUCGUAAGCCUAAACCCAAGAGCAUUCUGGAGACGCCGUCGACAUCGAGUGAUAAGAUGGUCGACAGGAUUAACAAAGAAGCGGUUGAUUCACGAGAUAUCGCUAUUAUAAGCGAUAAUAUCUCUCAAAUGACAACUCCUUCCAAGACUACUGACGAGAAGCCAGAGGUCGAGAUGCCGUCGGAUGCCAAAGACAAACGUCGUUCCGGACGACUGAUGGCUAUAAACCAAAACAAAGACAACGGCAGCCCUUCAGUAGACAAACCCGACGUCAAUCAUGUGAUCCAAGAAAUUGAUUUGAUUGACGAAGAAAUGGACAUUAGUUUUGGUGCACCAGAUGUCAGCCAAACGUGCGAUAACACAACGGAUGCCUCACAACAACAGUCACAACACUCUCAAAGUUCACAACCAGUGGUUGUCAACAAUAAUACUGAUCUGCAAUCAACUGAUCCCAAAGUGCCAAUGAAUAGUCCCGAGAAGGCGGACACCAAUUAUCGGCCGCCGAUUCACAAUCAGAUAUCACCACAAAAUUUGAAUUCAAUCACUACUGAAAUGCAUUCAAAGCGUUGCAAAACAGAUCCCAAACAGUCGGCCAAUUAUUUUGGCGAAGACUUUGAGGACUAUUCGCAUAGUUUUCAGACAAAGUUUAACGAAUUGAUGGCAAUUAAAGAGCCGGAGAUAUCAAUGAAUGUAUUGAAAGAGAAACUAAUACUCAUUGAUUACUAUAACAAACAACAGAUUAAAGCGCUGAAGAAACUGGUGGUCGAGACCAGAGUACAGACGGCUCAAGAAGUGGACGAAACCAAAGGCAAGAACUGG